AUUCACUCGCAAAAGCACAGCAACGGAAGCCUUACUCGAACAAAGGACUCCGAGAGGCAAGACCCAUCACACACACUUCCUGUGGACUGUAUUUCAAUUGAGGACAGGCUGAAUCAUGUGUUCUGGAGGUUUUGCCAAAUGCCUGGGGAUCACCCUCAUCCCUCUGGCCAUCGUCUGUAUCCUCUGCAACAUUCUGCUCUUUUUCCCCGGAGGUAAAGUGGCCGAUAAGAGUGAAGACAUCACAGAUGAAGUCUUUUACUUAGGAGGAAUUCUGGGAUCUGGUGUGCUGAUGAUUUUCCCUGCGCUGGUUUUCCUGGGCUUGAAGAACAAUGACUGCUGCGGAUGCUGUGGAAACGAAAGCUGCGGAAAACGAUUUGCCAUGUUUAGUUCCAUUUUGUUUGCUGCGGCCGGAGCUGUUGGUGCUGGUUACUCUGUUAUUGUGUCUUGUUUGGCUAUUAAUCGUGGACCCAAAUGUUUUAUUAAUGAAUUAAACAGCACAUAUCCUUUUAACAAUGGAAACUACCUGUCCAACCAAACGAUUUGGGAUGAUUGUGUGAAGCCAGAUGAUAUCAUCCCAUGGCACUUGACCCUGUUCUGUAUCCUGCUGAUCACUGGUCUGGUCCAGAUCGGUCUGUGCGCCUUCCAGGUGAUCAACGGACUGAUUGGCACAAUCUGUGGAGACUGCUGUGGAUGCUGUGGGGACUCUUAAACUACGCUGGAUGGACUCGGAUCGUGAGAGGGAUUCUUCGGCUAAAAUCAAACAUCAAACUCUGUAAUAGUCACAUUGUUCACCUCAUGACUUCUAUUUAUAAUGUUUGGAUGGUUUUUGUUUGUUUGUUUGGUUAUUCCAUGCCUGCUGUAUACAACAACAUCUGCCUGAUGGCUAAUGGCUUAUGAAGGCAAUAUAUAUUUAUAUAUAGAGAUAGAGCAUAUCAAAUAAUGUUAUUACAUUUAUAAAAUAUAUAUGAUGUAGACAGGAUAUAUAUAUAUAUAUAUAUACAUAUAUGAUAUAGAUAUUUGUUCAAAAUGUUAGAGAAUGUUAUUUUCUUACUACUACUGUAUUUAGUGGGUUUUAUAAUAAUGGAAGGGAAUGUGCAAUUAUAUGAUUUUAUAUAUAAAAGAAUAACAGAUACAAAUAAGUUUCAUCCCAAGAAAUUGGUUGAAAUCAGUUGCUAUAGUACCGUGUUGUAAAAUAAUAUUUUACACAAAUAAAUUCUUGAAAUAAAAAUAAAUAUAAAAUCAGUGUCCUUGUUGUUAAUAAUUGCACUAUUCUGUGAAAGUCAGCAAGAAUUUGUUCAGAAAUUUCUCUCAAAGAAAAACAGGAAACAGACUGUAAAACAAAAAGACUCUAGAGACUUUUUUGGUAACUUGAUAAACAACAGCUGCUCUACAUUAGAUGUUUUGCAUCUUUUCAUACUAAAUAUGUAAAGAUUGCUCAAUUACAUGCAAGAGAUGAGACUGUACUCGGCCCUUUUUGAUAAGAGUCAUUAUGUAAUUGUAUAAAUUAUUUCCAGGUUAUAGAGAGAAGACAUUGUGUAAAGUAAAUGUUUGUUGUUCUGCCAUUAUGAUUUUGAUGUGUUAUCAGGGCAUUUAUGAGGGGAAUGUUGUUUUAUGGAGGGUUUAUUGGUAACAGCUCACAUCUUCACACAGAAAUGAUUAACUUUAUGCCUCUAUGUGCCAUGUGACUGAUAUUUUAUAACUAAAAACUUUCACCCCAAUACAUUUGUCAUGCUAAUUGUGGUA